UGGUGAACAAAUCAAGAUUCAGCAGUGGCUAUGGUUCUCCAUGGUUCUACAAACACGUCAUGAGAGUUUGUAAAGAUAAGUUUGCAAGAUUUGUAUACUGUUUUAUAGCUGUAUAUAUUUUAUUAACACGAUUGUCUGUUUAUCUUAAUUAUACUUCCUUCUUUCUUUUAUUACCUUUUUUGCUUGUAUGAAUGCAAGUGGUUGAGUUAGGGGUGUUGUAAACCUUAACAAAACAUUCCAUUGCCCUAACGGAUCCGUUACAGACUUCAUCAUGUCACAAUCACGCUUGGUGAGGUCUAUAUGAGGGAGGGCAAAGGAAAACGCCUGAGUGGAUAAGCUUGCCAUUGCUAUUGUGUGGAAGGAAGGAAUGAAGGGGCACAUUCUGUAAGGUUAUAAUGUUCAUUCAUCACCAAAAAUCGUUCUUUACGGAUCGAUUGGCACUGUCACUUGACUUAUCCAAUGACUGCUAAAUGGUUCGGCUGUAUGUGUGCUCUGUAUGUGUACAUGUUUCACACUUUAAAAGUCGCCAUGUUUGCUCUGUCAUGCGACCCUGAAAUAUAGUGUAAGUCUGCCCUACAUUCUGAGACCACCCAUCGUCUGCUCCACACACAGUGACAGGCGCGUUUUAAUGGCGGCUGGUAGCGAUGAAAGCAUACAACAAGCGUUAGGCAUGGUGCAGAUAUCAGCGACGACGAUAUUCUAAUAAGCAACAAAUCAAUUUUUGAAAAGAUAAUAAUCGCAGCGAUUAUUAGCCGAUGAAGGAGGCAAAAAUCUCAUAACGAUCGUGGAGAGAACCCUGUAUUUUACAUCAGAAGGGAUUUUGAAUGUCAACGAAAAUCCCGCAAUUCGAGUGGACUUUGUACUACAAAAUUCAGUCACAGGAGUUGCUGUGCGUAUGGCUGGUCGGAAAAUGUGUUCUGGAUGGUGAUGUUUGUGUGCCCGGCUUACUGUGGGGAGAUUUGGUUCGAAGGAGACAGUUAUAUAAUAUAUCUGAGCACCCGUUGACGUUUGCGUUGUGGAAGAUUUUACUUAGAAAAUGCGCGGACAUAGUUGUUCAAGUGGAGAAUGUUACAGACCAUUGAGCAAGCAGGGCAGAGGGAAGAACCUGGCCAUGGCCGCAUUCUCAACCUUUCUGUCUCAAAGUCUUCUCAGAUGAAGCAUCAGCCAUAGCUACGAUUCAUUUCUUAAAGUACUAGAGGGGUGCAUUUCUUUUGUUCUUCUGAUGAUUUGGAAAGCUCAGUUCAAAAUACUAAUUCCCAAAUUUGGGGUGAACAUUCUGCUACAACAGUUCGUUCUCAAGAAACACGCCUACAGAUAUCACCAUUCAUAAAAAAGGUACAUGUAUACAGAUAUUUAUCACAUGGUCUUACUUCUCAGACGUAAAAGCCCUACUUCUGUGUUGUUGAUCCUUUGUUGUUGUUCUUGCUGCUGCUGCUGUUCCAGUGAUGUUUGCAGUGGCGUAAAUCGAGAACGAAAGUGGCAUCCACAUAGUUUUUCUUGCAUUAAAUUGUUGGCGAAAUAUUAAGUGAUAAUCCGACAUGAGUAUGUAACACUUCGACUGACGGCGAAACUUUAUAUUUAUAUAUAUAUACGGUUAUACGAUUGCGAUCCACAAGUUUGGAAGUUUCUGAAUUUGCAAUAUUGUCAGGUUAUGUAAGCAUAUCCUUUUCUUGCAUGAAUGUGUGUGUCAGUGGCGCAGGAACUGGGGUUUAAGGCAGGGGGGGGGGGAGGCAGCCAACCCCUCAAAAAAGGUAUUGAGAAGACAAGAAUGUGAACGGCGUUCACUGUAAGCAUGAAGGCCCCCGCCGUUUGCCCCAAAGCCGAGCAUCUUUCCUACGCCCCUGUGUAUGUAUGUGUGCAUAUAUGUGUGUAAAUGUGUCGCGCUCCAGAGCAUGUGAUUUUGUCUGCUAAGAAAUAAUAAAGGGAAAGAGUUCUGACAUCCAAUAAAAGUGAAGUUUUUUUUUAAUAAUUAUAAUGCUGACACAUUCGCCAAAGGAAACCCCUCUCAGCAAGCGAGAUUUGGUAACAAGGAAGGAAAACGGGGUGAAACUAUUCAGUGAAUGAGGAUACCAUGACACUUCAGCUGACUCGUGUACGAACAAAAUUUAUAAUGGCUGAGAGAGACUUGGAGCACAGAGGAACAUGAAAUAUACUAAUGGGUUCAGUGCAAAAGUAUGUCGCUUCGGCGGCUAUCGAUAGACUAGAAAAACUGAGCUCUUGCUGCAGAAAAUGCAGUUCGUGAUCUCGUGAUCUCUGCCUAUUUCUGGGGUGGAGGACAGUGAAUGUGGGGCGUUGACAAAGAGAAUCCAGCUGAGAUGGCCACCCAGCCCGAGAUGAACAGCUUUAUAAACUGGAUAUAUGAAAGAUCGUUCGGCAAAAUUAAACUACUGAUUGGUGAUGAUGCUUCGACUAGGAAGUCAUUUUCAGAUCAAAUCCACCCAGUGAUUCAUAUCAUGCUACAAAGUAUGGAGGAGAGAGUGCAGACGUAUGCGGAGGAGCUGGAGUCUGUGCUGCAUCUACAAGGACAGCAGCGCAACAGCAACAGCAGCAACAGCAACAACGAUCAGCAGGAUGGGGGAUUGGAUAUGCAGGUUCUGGAGAGCGCCAUCAGCUCCAUCUGCCAAAUGGAGGGCCAGCUUAGCCAAAUGUUUUACAGGAAAAUUCACGAACAGCGGCGAACGACUGGAAGCAGUUUCAGCAGUGCGUCCAGUGCCGAUCAGUCCCACCUGCGAGCUCUGAAGUCGUGUCAUCAAAAGCUGGUCAACGAAUUGUGUCUACAGGAUACGGGCCUGCAGGAACAGCUCGUCUCCAAAGGAUUGCUGACCCCCAACGACGCCAUGCACAUCAACCGCCAGUCGUCUGCUUCCGCCAAGAACGAGAAGAUGCUGGAGAUCGUCGCCAGACGGAUGGACAAAGGGACGUUCCGUUCGAUCUUUCUGCCGGAGCUGAGGAAGGACUGCGGCCACUGUCACCUGGCGGACCAGCUAGAAGAAGUGGACCUGCAGAUUAAGGGAGAGGUGGAGGAGGAUACCUGUCCUUUUUGCAGGCUGACCGAGGAAGUGGACCCCAAGGCACUGGCCCGUUCGUUAUACACUAAGGGAGCCAUAACUCCCAACACGUAUCGAGACCUUAUGGAUGGAGUCAUGUCGCGGCAAAGAAAGUGGUAUUUGCUCCAGAGAAACUUAUGCAAUAACGAGGCUCUACUGGAGUCCCUGAAGCAAGAAACACCCAACAGUUACAAGAUGAUCAGAAAGCAGGGCCUGCCUGUCGACCGCUGCUGCUGCAGCCAGCUUGACCACGAGCGUCUGCGGCCGGCAGGAGCCUGCAGGAUAUCAGACGUCAGUGGUUCUUCGUUCAGCAUGCCCAGCAGAGCCCCUCCAUAUGAAACAGAGCAGACACUGGGUCGCACGGGACAUCGCGUUUGCUUCAUUUUUGACAACUUGAGCAUCAGACGCCAGUGCUACCAGGUCGAUUCUGCAACUCUGUGCGAUACCUUUGAACAGUUCGGCUUUGAGGUCAGAAUGAGUCAUGAAGUCACCUGGGAGGACAUGGUCGCCAUUUUGGAAGCCUACACUACGCCUGAUGUUCAAGAAGGACAACGGGAAACAGAAUACUUGAUUGUCGUUCUUCUUGUACAUCUGGAAGACAGGGACUACUUUCUUGACAUCUACAAGAGACCGUGCCGCCUGGACAGACUCACCAGUACGCUUACCGCCUCGGCUUGCCCCCGACUUGCCGGCAAGCCCAAAAUCUUCAUCCUUCCAGCCAGCAUGGGCGUCAACGACAUGAGCGGCUACCCAGAAUUCCAGGAACACAACCUGGCAUCGAGUGCUGCAGAUAAUUCCAGUAUCCUGCGCCGUCCUGUGGACUCCAGAAUGCCUUCCACAGCCAAGGAAAACAAUUCUAUCAUGCACGUCAAGAACACGAAUGGCUACCCAGAAUUCCUGGCGCACGACCCGUCGUCGAGCCGUGCAGGCGAUCCCAACAUCAUAAGGCAUCACGAGGACUCGAGGGUGGCGCACCCUGUCAAGGGAAACAGUUGCGAAGAAAGAGCGAUAUCGGCUGUCGAAGUGAGCUACCAUUUGCCCCUCAGGCCAAAGUCAGCGCUGGAGCCGAGAAAGAAGGUGCCCGAGAUCGUCAUAGAAAAACCGAACUGCGAGGGACAACAACAGUUGCCGUCGCUUCGGAUUCCAAAGGCAGGAGACACAAUAGAAUGCAAGGCAGCCGAGAGGACCGAAGACGGACCUCAGAGGGUGCCGGACGAGGCCGACUUUCUUCUAGCCUUCGCCACGUGUCCUGGCUACGUCAUGUGGACGAACUCUCUGGGCGGCUCACACUACAUUAGGGUGCUGGCCGACGUCCUGCAGAAUCAAGGGAGGUCACAGGACCUGGUCACGUGUCUGACGCUGGUUGCCCAGCAGGUGGCGAGCAUGGAGAUGACGACAGGAAGGGGGCGGAGCUUCAAGCAGAUUCCUAGCUUCAUCUCCACUCUUCGAAAGCCUGUUUAUUUGUGAGUUAAAGAGAGAGAGAAAAAAAAUAAUAAAAAAGACUAGAAAGAUUACAUCAAACAAUCUUUGAAAGACUGAAGGAAGGAUGAAAGCAAGCACCUUCAGAAAGGACCUGAGCAGCCAAAUAACUAAGCAGGCAAGCGAGGAAACAAAACAAAACAAACAAAGCGAAACAAACAAAGACAAAUUAAAGGUGAAAUGCAUAUAACUUAUCUCCCUUGUAUGCAGCAUCUAAGUAUAGUUCCAAUUGACAUUGUAAGCCAAGUUUUCCUUGCCUAUUCGAGAAAAUGUUCGUAAAUUUGCAAAAGCCUAAGGGUAAUUUGUGAACCUACAAGUACUUGGUGAAUACACAAAACACAAAUUAUUUCCAAAGAUAAAGAGAACCCACAGGACUUGAUGUCCCUUCGCCUAAUUAGCUGAGGAGAUCGGUUCUUCAUUUUGUUUCAUGUUUCGAUUUGGACUAAAAUGUUGGCUCUUCAUGCUUACACGUGCUUCUGCUGUAUUUGCUCCAUUCUUCUGUUUUGAACUGGAUUGUACGUUUUUGUUUUUGUUUUUGUUUUUUGUUUUUUUUAAUGUGAACUGAUUGGACUGGAUUCCACUCUGGCGCUCUUCACUCACUUCGUCAGCGUUCUUGAGUUGCAGUGAAUAAACUGAAGUGAUGAUCACCUUUUUGCAAUUUAAAAUGCUACUGUUUUUUUGAUGAUCUCAAGAUUGCUCAGUACACUCAGUAUAUCUUCUCCUGAUGUCACUAACGCUUGUUUUCUGGAGUCGUUAAAUGUCCAGUAAUCACACUCUAAUGCCGAAACUAAGCAUGUCCUCUCAUUGUUCUUCGGUCUACAUCUUUAUGACUAUUUCCUGGAUCCUGUUCAGCGUAAUGAGCUUGCUUAUUGCCGACAUAUUGUGCUAUACAAAUUAACUUAUUAUUACCUGUAACUCAUUUGAUAUUUAUGCUCAGUUUGUUGUUGCUUUCAAGCGCUCAUUCAGCCUAGCUCAAAGAUAAAGAAAGCAAAAGAAAUAUAUUUUUUACCAGUGCAUUUAAAAGAUUUAACUAAAAACCUAUUUUUCACGGCAUAAUUAAAUUUUUCAUUUUGGAUUUGUAUUGACAUCGAUUUUUCGUUUCUUCCUUUCUUCAUUUUUCCGUUCGAUCAUCCAUUCAUCCGUUUGUUCGUUCUACUCAAUAAUUAUAUUUCGUGUUGAAUGUCUAUCUCAGUCUUUCUUAAUUUAAGAUUUAAACAUCUUGUAUCAAACAGACUAUGGAAUCACUUAUGAUUUUUAAUCUUUGUAAGAACAGAAUAUAUGUUGUUGAUUUUUUGUUUUGCUUUUUUUUAACUUUGAAACACAGUAUUGUAAGACAUUAGCUUCCAACGACCAAGAAAUGAAUCCGCACCAUAAAAACAGCACUGUUGUUUUACUGGCUGUCGUCCUUUUGAUGAACUAAUACAAUAAAUAUUUAACUGAAAAUCCUAUUUUUUCAGUUUCAUGCAUGUUGUUGAAUCUCAGAGUGUGAUAUUUUCCGUAUGCAGCCUAACAAUAUAUAACAAACCCAAGUAUAUCCUACUGGAUAUGGUACCGUGUAUGUCUCUCGAUGUACCUGCAGAUGAACUGUUGAAGCUUUAAUACAGCGUUGAUUGAUAACACGACCGAAAAAAAAUUACUUAUCUGCUCACUUAUCGCAGAACGUAUACUGAUAUCUGUUGUAACAGAUAAACUUCAAAUCCUGUCUCUCAAAUUAUCAAUGCGUUGAUAUUAGAGUUCAGAUCAAGUCCAAGCUGUUGCACAAACAGCCGCAAGAACCACACGAGUGCACGGACAACACCGCAGUUUCUUUUCACAAACAUCACAAGGAUACCGAAUACCAGUUGUUUUGAAUGUUCAGCAAACUUUUGAUUUUGUUUUCCUUAACAUUUGAGAAGAUUAAACCUUCACCUACCUCCUCGUGCCUGUUCGGAGUUGAUAUUUUAAGUCCACGACUCGUGAAAUCAUAAUCCAAACAGACUGUCGAAAUGAACUAUAAGGACUACAACCAUCUGUCUGCAAGACUGUCGAGAGGUUGUUGUUCCCUUUCGCUCUCGUGUUAACAUUGGUUUUAAUGAGAUUCUUUGGUUCUGUCUUUUCGACUUCAAACUGUUUGGUAAGCAACUGGCAUCUCCUUUCGAGUAUCGAAGAUUAGGAGAGAAAGAACAGACAUGGAGAGACUACUACAGCUCUCCCUCCCGAUGAAGAUAAGCGCACCAAGUUUUACUCUAGGGAUCGUGUUGUUCUUCGUGUCUUUCGGCACACACUAUUGGAUGAGCUCCAAGAUAGAGGAUGACUGGAGUCUUCAUGCAGGGAUCUGGGAAGCCUGCUUUGUGGGAAACACCACCCAUCGCUGCUAUCCGUGGACUGAUGAUUACGUUCAGAAGGUUAGAAGAGACUGGAUGCAGACGGUGCAGGCCAUGGACUGUCUGGCGUUGGUGAUUCUCGUCGCAGCCCUCGUCAUCUUCGUCAUCUUCCUGUACACCAGGCGGCGCCUCGCUGGCCUAGCAUCGCUCGCCACCUGCUUUAUCUCGGCGUUCUUCAUCCUGAUCACCUGCAUACUGUUCCUUGAAAAUAUGAACGAUGACAAGGACAUCUUAGGAGGUCAAUCGGUGCAUGCUGACUGGAGUCUGGGUUGCAACUUUGUGGCUCUUAUUUGUGUGGCGCUGGCUGGUGGUGGUCUCAUCCUUGACGUUCUCUGUGGCUGGGGGAACAGUGACACACUUAUCACACCUGUGCUUCUGCAAUAAACACCAACCUGUCACUUCGGAACAGUCUUCUCCUGCUUCCCAACUCCCUAUGUGCGCUACUUACAAAACUUUGAAUUAGAAAAGAACAAGCUCAAGGGUGAACUGGAAGUAUGGAGUGCUAGGAAGAGUGGGGAGUUGACCGCUGUUAAAACACUUUACUUUUUUAAAACUACUUCAAUAAAUGACAUUCUGUUUUUA